CCCAGGGUCAGCCGUUGAAGAGGACAACCAUGGGAAGUGGAAGUUCCACACCUCGGCAAAAAGAAGCCAAACCCAAGACCAAGUCAAAGUCCUUCAGGUUUCACUACUUCGAUGGGAAGGGCAGGGGAGAAGUGGUGCGCCUCGCUUUCGUCCUGGCUGGUUUAGACUUUGAUGACGUCAGACACACUGCGGAGGAAUGGGCCAACAUGAAGCAGACUGGAGAAUUUACCGGACCUUUCCGUCAGCUGCCGUGGCUUGAGUUGGAGGACGGGACGACUAUCUCUCAAACCAGAGCCAUCCUGAGGCUAGUAGCCCGGGAAGGGGGUUUUGACGGAGAUACCAACUUAGACGCUGCCAAAGCAGACGAGAUAACGGACGCUGUAGAAGACAUCAAAGAUGCCUUCUUCACCACGAUCUUCGAACAGGAUGAGCAGAAGAAGGCCUCACUGGAGGAUGAAUUCUGGGAUAGCAGGCUGCCAACAAGACUGAGACAGUUUGAAAAACUUCUGGAAAUGAACAAUGGCGGACAGGGAUUCUUUGUUGGGAAGGCGAUGACCCAUGCGGAUCUGGAGAUGUUUUCGUUGCUGGACAUGUUGGAGAGCUCUUCCAAGGAAAGAGACCUCCUCGGCAUGUUGGGCGCCGUUCCGCUGGUCAAGGCACACAAGGAGCGGGUGUCUAACCACCCGAAGAUAGCUGAGUACAUCAAGACAAGGAGGGACACACCGUUAUAGAAACAAAAUGGCGGCGUCGUAUGGGGGGCACGCAAAGUAUUCUGGGAGGUGAUUUUUUUCACAA